ACAGAGAUCCUAUGUGGUAACAUUCAUCGGCAAAGGUGGGCGACUAGACGUGGCAGUACAUUGUAAAAGAUCAACGACAUUCGUAAAUGGCAACUAGUGUCGGAAAUGAAGGUGGGUAGGCGGUCAAAAGGGAUCGCGUUUGGCGUUCUCUGCAUCUCGCUUUGUCUACGGAUAGUUCAGGGCUAUAAAGAAUCUGAAACCAUGCGAACUCUUAAGCUGGAGCAGGGAGAUUCUCAUGAGGUGCAUUGUUCAAGAGAAAGGAGCCAGGCAGCAUGGAAGAUAAUUGAGGAGUAUCUAAUGCCCUUUGUGGAGAAAGAACGAUAUCAGAUUUCAAGAAGGUGUAGGCUUCACCCAGACAACGACCUUUACAGAGAUCAGGAACAGCACAAGAUCCACGUUGAUUUAAAUGAAUGGCAAUGUGGAUACUGUAGGAAAAGGUUUUAUACGGAGAAAUACCUUGAUCGGCAUUUUGACAAUAGGCACUAUGACUUGCUGAAUAUGAGUCACAGCAGGUGCUUGGCAGAUGUAUGUGGUGCAUUGCAUUGUGACCUUGUGAUGGAUUCCAUGCCUCGCAAAACUAAGUGCAAUCCUGCUGCUGCUGCAAGGAAUCAUCAUCUGUGUGAGAGCCUGGCUGAUGGUUGUUUUCCAGUCAAUCAAGGUCCCUCAGCAAGCCAUCUUCAUGAAUUUUUCUUGCGACAAUUCUGUGAUGCUCACACUUGCACUGGAGGUCAGAAACCCUUCUCUAGAGGGCACAGGAAGACUAGGAGUAUAUUCUACCUUUCUAUUUCCGUUCUGACUCUGGUGCUGUUGCCACUUUUCUAUAUCUUCAUUUAUAUGCACCAGAGGGGAAUAAAAGGGGGGACAGUAGAGCUGAAGCGCAUCUCAAAAGGUGUGAGAAAGAAAAAGGCCUCUUAGUUGGUGAAGUUUUCUGUACGAGGACCAUGAAUGGCACUCGAUUCUUUUUCUAUUGAUGGUUUAGAGAGAGAGAUUGCUUAGUCCAAGGGUCUCUAAUAUUAAAGCAUUUCUUUGCCGCUAGGUGCAUCAGAUAAUAUUGGUCGUCGAGUCCCAUGUAUUUCAGUAAAGAAUUAAUAGUAUAUGUAUAGGAUAAUCUUGCUACUCUCGUGGUCCAAACUCAUAUUUUCGUGCUAAUCCUUUAGGUUUUAUAACGUAGGUUUUAUCAAACUAAAAUAGUACUCGAGACGGGUGGGUAGUAGUUAUCAUAUGAGUAAAGAAGACUUUGGCCUUCUUUGGAAGAAAACAAUGAUGAGCAUAAAGUAAUGGCAGUUUACUUCAUAGACAA